UCUUGUAUUCACCAUUUACCAGUCGUGUACAUGACAAUUGUACCUAUUCUGUCAGCAGAUUACAUGGGAAAAUAUGUCCGAAAGUCACCAGAAGAGGGUAUCUCAGUGAAGGUCACCUUGCCUAAUUCCAACUGCGCAGUACAUGAUGGCCAUGCAACUAUAACCUGUAGUGAUCCGUUACUGGGAUAGACGGCAUGGGUUGUGUACGAGGACGGACGGUAUUGAUUACAGUAACUGUUUCCAUGGUUAUUGCGAACAUUGUCGUCUUCGGCGUGGCUGUGUAUUUGGCGUCAACGAGCCAGACGGAUCGACAGCCCGCUGCUGAAGCCCAGAGAUUCAAAGAUUACAUAGACAGCAAGAUAGCCGAUGCAGUGAAACUGGCAGAGAAAUCAUUCAAGGACAACAGUUCUGAAAUUAAAGAUGCACUGGAUUUGACUUUUCUGAACCUCUUGAAACCCAUGGCUUUCCUUCAUGGAGUGGGUCCCUUUGACGAGUCAGACAUUCAAGGUGGAAGAACUACAGUUCGAAAUUGGAUAACAACAGAUGGUCUGAAGAAGGCCGAGCUUCUUAAUGGGAUGAAGUACGCCCGUGGCAGAGUCAUAGUCCCUGAGAGCGGCUGUUACCGGGUAACUGUUAGUGCAAUGAUGCACUAUGAGGGUACAAGGGGACAUUGUAAAACCUUCUCACUUGACGUCAUCCGAUAUAACGCAAACACAAAGAAAGAAGAAGUCAUAUAUCGUGAGAAUGAAGAGAUGUGUCCUGAAACCAAGGACGGGGCUUCUGACUACCACAGUCAUUUCGUCGGUCUUGUAGAGUUAAAUCCUGGAGAUCAGAUAUUUGUCGUUGUAUCAGAUCUGUCACUUCUAAAGACACACAGAGACGACCAUUACUUUCAAGUUUGUUUAACUUAAAAAGAUGAAGAAUCAAUACCUGGCAGUCUAGUCGGCUGUCAAAAGUUGCAUUGAUUUCCAUAACCCGAAAGCAGGUGAUAGGCAUGUCACACAAACUUAAUAUUAGUUUAUACUGCUUUUAUGGUAUGGCAUCUGAAAAUCAGUGAUAGUAUUCGAUUUAAUUAAAUCAACUAUCACAGCAUUAGUUUUAUUGCUUGUAUUGAUUAGUUAUGUUGCUAUGUCGCACUUUGUAUGCACAUUGUUUGUUUUAAUGUUUAUUUUUCACUCUAUUCUGUUUGUAUGUAUAUGUUUAUGGAAAGGGUUUCUCAAGUUAGACCAGACUGAGGGGCACAAUGUAAAAACCGUAUCUUUUUUAUGUGUUCCCAAUCUCCAACCGCAACCAGUAAGAAAGCGUGUUGUCCGAAAACAUAAGUACAAAUAAAUUUAUAUUCUAAAAAUA